GGACCCAGCUCGUCAGUGGUCCUGGGGCUGAAGUAGGCAUCGCUGGGUGCACAGGGGCACUCCAGGAUGCUUCUUUGGCAGGCAGUGGCGAAAUGGCGUUCGGAUUAGGGAGAAAACCCGCAUAAAGCAACGCUGGAAAAGGGGAGGAGGCGUUGGCAUGCGAACCACCUGUUCCUCCGGCACAGUGCGACGCGCGCUGAUUGGCUGGAGUGCCGCCCGGGUACCGGAAAUAGCCGAUGCCAGUCGCCCGUGAAACCAAGACAACAGCAGCGGGUUUUGUGCGAGCAACCUGAGCAGCGCCAGGAACCCGAGCAGAGCGAGCGUGGGGCAGUAGCGGCUUGCGAUUGUGAGAUGGGGACUGAGAACAAGGAGGUAAUUCCAAAAGAAGAAAUUUCUGAAGAAUCUGAGCCACCUGGGGCAAUAUUAGAAAAACUUCCAAAGGUGGUUUAUCAGGAUCAUGAGUUUGGAGCAGCCUGUGAAGAAGACAUGUUGGAUGGGCAUUCGCGAGAGUCCACAGAAGAGAUUAUGGAGCAGAUGUCUCCUCAGGAGAGAGACUUUGCAUCAGGAUUGAUUAUCUUUAAGAAAUCACCCUCAAGCGAGAAAGACCAGGAGAAUAAUGAGAAUGAGAGAGUACAUCAGGGAGAUAUUACAGCAGAGGCAGUUAGUACAUUUGCUACCUCUAGCCAAAACUUCAUAAAGAAUUUAGAACCUAACAAAACACAGAGAAGUUCUGUGGGAGAAAAGCCUCAUACAUGUAAAGAAUGUGGGAAAGCCUUUAAUCAGAACUCACAUCUUAUCCAGCAUAUGAGAGUUCAUAGUGGAGAGAAACCCUUUGAAUGCAAAGAAUGUGGAAAAACAUUUGGAACUAACUCAAGUCUUCGCAGGCACCUGAGAAUUCAUGCUGGAGAGAAGCCCUUUGCUUGUAAUGAAUGUGGAAAGGCCUUCAUUCAGAGUUCACAUCUUAUCCACCAUCAUAGAAUUCAUACUGGAGAGAGACCUUAUAAAUGUGAAGAAUGUGGUAAAGCCUUCAGUCAGAAUUCAGCCCUUAUUCUACAUCAAAGAAUCCACACUGGAGAGAAACCAUAUGAAUGUAAUGAAUGUGGGAAGACCUUUAGGGUUAGCUCACAGCUUAUUCAGCAUCAGAGAAUUCAUACUGAAGAAAGAUAUCAUGAAUGCAGUGAGUGUGGCAAAGCCUUCAAGCAUAGCUCAGGCCUUAUUAGACACCAGAAAAUUCAUACUGGAGAAAAACCAUACCUGUGUAACGAAUGUGGGAAAGGCUUUGGUCAGAGUUCUGAGCUCAUCCGGCAUCAAAGAAUUCAUACAGGGGACAAACCGUAUGAAUGUAAUGAAUGUGGGAAAACUUUUGGCCAGAACUCAGAGAUUAUUAGACAUAUUCGAAUUCAUACUGGUGAGAAGCCCUAUGUAUGUAAGGAAUGUGGGAAGGCUUUUAGGGGGAACUCAGAACUGCUUAGACAUGAGAGAAUUCACACUGGAGAGAAACCCUAUGAGUGCUUUGAGUGUGGAAAAGCUUUUAGGCGGACCUCCCACCUUAUCGUCCACCAGAGAAUUCAUACUGGAGAGAAACCUCAUCAGUGCAAUGAAUGUGCAAGAACCUUCUGGGAUAACUCGGAGCUGCUUCUCCACCAGAAAAUUCACAUUGGAGAGAAACCUUAUGAAUGUAACGAGUGUGAGAAAACAUUCAGCCAGCAUUCCCAACUUAUCAUACAUCAGAGAAUUCACACUGGAGAGAAGCCUUACGAGUGCCAAGAAUGUCAGAAGACCUUUAGUCGGAGCUCUCACCUCCUCCGACAUCAAAGUGUUCACUGUAUGGAAUGAUCUGCAAAAUAGGAAAGUUUUCUGUAGAAAAGCUGAAGUCAGACUUAUUGUUCAUAAUCUGCACCCCAAGUUCUGAGAUCAAAUGAAUGGACAAAACCUCCUCUGUCCUUCUACUGAUUCUUAUUUAAACAGUUGGUCAAAUAGGAUGAGGCACUUUUAUGAACUAUUCAUUGAGAAGUUUCAAUGUACUGAGUUAAAUCAUAAAAUCAUAAUUCUCUUCUUUUUCCUUCCCUUCGUCCCUCCCCUAGUGGGUCACAUUACAUUAGGGGUCUGUACCAGCCAUCUAGCUUAAAUUGUUACUCUUACGGAAAAAUGGAGGAAUGUGAUUCCACCAUCUCCUAAGAAAGAGUUGACUCAUUGAAUGUUAACUCCUGAAAUGUUGGAAAGUCACAG